GUUUUAUCGAUUCUAGAACGCGUGCUGUUGCUAUAGUAACCUCUCCAGGUAAUCUCGAGCUCAAUUUGUGAACAUCUGUUUGGCACAGCAUGAAUAUAUGUGCUAACCAAUUUGUAAUCUAAUCUUUGUGUUUACUGAAAUUAUGUUUGAAAUGCCAAUGAAACACUAUGCAUAAUUAAAUAUAACCCCCCACCCCCUUUCGGGUUGGAGGAUUCAAAUCCCCAGAGAAACCCUUCCUCUCCCACCCGAGUAAUUCGUCCUCUGCUUUAGAUUAAAUUACUGAAUGUAUCUUCCUAAAACAUGAACGUUCCAUAUGGAUAACGGUAACACAACUACCCUACUUGACAGUUCAGACUGUCACGCGCGGCGAGAGAAAGCGCGGGUGUUGUCAAGUGACGCGCGAGGCGGUGGAGAGGCAGACACACGGACAUUCACACUUCACUCUCCAACUGGAAUAGAAAUCACCAACUGACGAUGCUGUGGUAGAUACGUACUGGUUAAUAUUUUUUAAACUUAUUCUCUACAGACUAUUUCCGUGUAUUUAAACGGUAAUUUUAAGGAAAAAGUUACUUAUUAGUUACAAAUCACCCUGAAUAACUUAUAUCACCAAGACGAAUGUCACCAAGCGAACAGGUGUCUUUUUGGAUGACAUACUACUCAUCUGUCUGGACAAGUGACUGAGAAGAGCUACAUUUGAACUUGAAGAGCGGAUUUUAUAAAUAAUGGAUAAUACGAAUUUAUAAACAACUACUUAUUUCAAGGUCAUUGGAUUUCUUCUAAUGCUCUAAGCGAUCGUUCCGGGAGACGUGUAUCAGAUACCACACUAGUACUAUCAACUAAAGGAUCUUUUCCAGGUAGCCUACUAUCACAGUCUCCUCCCUGCUCAUGAUGAAUUGUGUGUGAGACUCAUUGUGCAGCAGGUAGCCGAGUGAAUGCAGCAAACACACGCUUUCGCUUUUCAGUGAUGAAUGACAGCUCUCCAACAUCUGAGAACAUCAUGUUUCAUCAGCUGACUGCUGAUACUCUGAAUGGUAGCACAGGUGAAGCGGCAUUGCAGCUGCCCACUUUUUCCAUGGCAGCAAAAGUGAGGGUGAUAAUUACCUUCACUCUUUGCGCAGUGUCAGCUGUGUGCAACCUCUCCGUGUUGUGGGCUGCCAGCACCAACAACAAGCGCAAAUCUCAUGUAAGAAUUUUAAUCAUGAACCUCACCGUUGCCGACCUGUUGGUGACCUUCAUCGUGAUGCCAGUGGAUGCGGCUUGGAACAUCACAGUUCAGUGGUUGGCGGGUGAUCUGGCUUGCAGAUUGCUAAUGUUUCUGAAGCUCGUGGCGAUGUACUCCUGUGCGUUCGUGACUGUGGUCAUAAGCCUGGACAGGCAGUCGGCCAUUCUCAACCCUCUGGCCAUCAAUAAGGCUAAGAAGAAGAACAAAAUAAUGCUGAGCGUGGCCUGGUUGAUGAGUGUUGUUCUCUCUGUCCCUCAGAUGUUCCUGUUUCACAAUGUGACCAUCACGGUGCCAGCCAAUUUCACUCAGUGCACCACUCGAGGGAGCUUUGUCAAACACUGGCAGGAGACCAUCUACAAUAUGUUUACUUUCAUUUGCCUCUUCCUGAUACCUCUCUCCAUCAUGAUCUGCUGCUACACAAGGAUCUUGGUGGAGAUCUCUCGAAGAAUGACCAAGGGAAACAUAUCAUCAAAGGAAGUCCACUUACGGCGUUCCAACAGCAACAUCCCAAAGGCCCGUAUGAGGACUUUGAAAAUGAGCAUAGUCAUAGUGACCUCUUUCAUAGUUUGCUGGACACCAUACUACUUGCUGGGUCUCUGGUACUGGUUCCUUCCUGAGGAUUUAGAAGAGACUGUUUCUCACUCACUCACUCACAUACUGUUUAUUUUCGGACUCUUUAAUGCGAUUCUGGAUCCCAUCACUUAUGGCCUCUUCACCAUCCAUUUUCGCAAAGGACUGAAGCGCUACUGUCGCAAUGCGGUUGUACUAACCGAGUCAGAGAAUAAUUCAAUCAUGACGGGCUCAAUGAAAUGCUCACCAUCCCCAUUUCGCAUGAAAAGAGUGACCCAGACCAGUGCAGGAGCUGUCCCAGAGCAGAAUGCGGUGAGUGGGGAAGAUAAGAAUCAAGCUGACAGUGAAAACAAGGAAUAGUGGCAACCCUACCAAUCCGGCCUUGAAAGUGUCAUUUGAUUAAAGGUAUGGAUGUGACAAGGAAGGCCUUGUACUGGCUGUCUAGCUGCUCGCAAGAACAAUGAGACAACAACACACUCCUGCCUGUUCUCCUCAAUAGCGUUAGACAGAUCCUAAUUGAGCCCAAGUGUGUCACAUCUUUUGUUUCAUUUGCUGAUGAGCUGCCUCAAUUACUCAGUUAUAUUUAAUACUCAUCUAUUUUCCUGAUACAGGUGAUUAAGUUUUGUAAUCAUUUGCUCUUUACUAAAUACGCCAAUCACACUGCAUAUUAAUUAGACCAUUUCUACUUGUGGCUUUUGUUGAAAAUGUCAUUUAGAUCAAAGGUUUUUUACAUCUCAUCUGCUGCAUCUCCACCUGCUAUCACAAAGGGCAUCGCUCUUGAGUUGCUGAAGAAAUUAGUUUAAUCUAAUAAAUAAACAAAUAAGAUGUGUGGAUUUAGCAUUUUGAGAUAUUACAAAUGCAAAUUCAUGUACACUGGUUCUUGAAUUAUUGUCUGGUGUUAACUGGAAGCAUUCAUUCCUUUUCAGGAAUCAUAACCCAGACCCUUGAGAUGCUAUCAUUUAAUGUUUAAAAGUCUGUGCUAAUAUUACUGGGCAGCCUAAACUCAUUAAAAUCUGUAUUUAUGGUGUAUACACAUACAUUGUUUUGUAUUUUUGUAUGUAGGCUGAAAUGUACAAUAUGAAUGUAUCGACAACAUCUAAAAUGUGAACGCAUUCACAUAUGCGCAGCGUUUUAAUUGUACACAUAUACAUAUUUUGAAGCCCACCCCUACCGUAAACCUAACCACUCUUAUAAAAUAUAAAAGUGUAAUAGACAGAUAAAUGCAUA